AGGAUUGAUUAGAACAGCCUGAUGUUCCUGUUGCUUGGGAGGGUGGUUCCAAGUCUCAGGUUGAUGCAUUUCCCCUCCCCCUGUGCUGGAGCAUGUAUAUAAACUUUGAGCCUUCCCAAGCCCUUUGCCGGUUCUCAGAAUAGUCAGGAGAGCGACACAGUGAGAAAGAGAGAGAAAGAGAGAGAGAGACAAAGGGAUGGAGCUCCUUUGGGUUGCCACAAUCUCCAUUUGUUUUUUGUCAGUUUUGCAUCUAGGCGAAUCUUCUUAUGACAAGAUUUUGAGCCACAGUCGGAUCAGGGGCCGUGAUCAAGGCCCGAAUGUCUGUGCUCUCCAGCAAGUUAUGGGGACCAAUAAGAAAUACUUCAGCACUUGCAGAAACUGGUACCAAGGAGCGAUCUGUGGAAAGAAAGCAACUGUCUUAUAUGAAUGCUGUCCUGGCUACAUGAAGAUGGAAGGCAUGCGAGGAUGUCCUGCAGUUGCUCCCAUAGAUCAUGUCUAUGGUACUUUGGGCAUUGUGGGAGCUACUUCCACUCAACGAUAUUCCGACAUGUCAAAACUGAGGGAAGAGAUUGAAGGACCUGGCUCUUAUACGUUCUUUGCACCAAGCAAUGAAGCCUGGGAUCUUUUGGAUCGUGAAAUCCACAGUGGCCUGAUUGAGAAUGUGAACAUUGAACUGUACAAUGCGCUUCGUAACCACAUGGUCAAUAAGCGCAUGCUCACAAAGGACCUGAGGAAUGGCAUGACCCUGGUGUCUAUGUACAACAACCAAAACCUUCAUAUAAAUCAUUAUCCCAAUGGAGUCGUCACUGUUAACUGUGCCAGAGUUAUUCAUGGCAACCAGAUUGCUACAAAUGGUGUCGUUCAUGUCAUUGACCGUGUGCUGACCCCGGUUGGAAAUACCAUUGAGGACUUCAUUGAAGCAGAAGAUGACCUCUCUUCUCUGAGAGCAGCUGCCUUUGCGUCAGGCGUGAUGGAUACUCUUGGGAAGCCCGGCCAUUACACCCUCUUUGCUCCGACCAAUGAAGCCUUUGAGAAACUUCCACGUGGCGUCUUAGAAAGGAUCAUGGGUGACAAAGUGGCUUCUGAAGCUCUGAUGAAAUUCCACAUUCUGAAUACUCUUCAGUGCUCUGAAGCUAUCACAGGUGGAGCUGCCUUUGAGACCCUGGAAGGCAAUACUGUUGAAAUUGGCUGUGAUGGCGAAAGCUUGACAAUCAAUGGAAUCAAAAUGGUGAACCGAAAAGACAUUGUUACAAGCAAUGGUGUAAUUCAUCUCAUAGACGAAGUGCUUAUUCCUGACUCUGCAAAACAAGUAAUUGAGCUUGCUGGUCCACAACAAGCCACCUUCAAAGACUUGGUGUCACAGGUUGGUCUGGCUGCAUCUUUAAAGCCAGAAGAAGAAUACACCCUGCUAGCUCCACUAAAUGGGGCUUUCUCUGAUGACACCUUAACCAUGGACCAGCGGAUCCUCAAGCUGAUUCUGCAGAAUCACAUUUUGAAAGUGAAAGUUGGCCUGAAUGAUCUCUACAAUGGACAAUUCUUGGAAACUCUGGGAGGAAAGAAGCUCCGAGUAUUUGUGUAUCGCACAGCCGUGUGUGUUGAGAAUUCAUGUAUGGUCCGAGGAAGCAAAGAGGGACGGAAUGGAUUUAUCCAUGUUUUUAGAGAAAUAAUCCAACCAGCGGAGAAAACUCUGCAUGAACUGUUGAGAUCAGAUAAACGGUUCAGCAUAUUCCUCAGCCUAGUAGAAGCUGCAGAUUUGGAAGAGGUUCUGUCCCAACCCGGUGACUGGACAUUGUUUGUCCCAACAAACGAUGCUUUCAAAGGCUUGACCGAACAAGAGAAGCAGACCCUGAUUAAUGAUCAAAAUGCCCUCCGGAAUAUUCUGUUGUAUCAUUUAACUCGAGGUGUUUUUAUUGGCAAUGGAUUUGAACCUGGUGUAACCAAUAUUCUGAAAACAAUCCAAGGUGGAAAACUGUAUUUGAAAGUGAUAAACGACACUCUUCUGGUGAAUGAACUGAAAUCAAAAGAAUCCGAUGUCAUGGCUACCAACGGUGUGAUCCAUGUAAUAGACAAGCUCCUGUAUCCUGCAGAUACACCUGUUGGAAAUGAUCAGCUCUUAGCAAUUCUCAAAAAACUGAUCAAGUAUAUUCAAAUUAAGUUUGUCCGGGGUAGCACAUUCAAAGAGAUUCCACUGACAUUUUAUACCACCCGGAUUAUUACUAAGGUUGUGGAUCCCAAGAUUAAAGUCAUUGAAAGCAGCUUUGAGCCAAUCACCAAAAAAGAAGAUGUUAAGACAAUAACAAGAGUAGUUGGUGGCACCACCAUUCGGAAAGAAAUUGAAGUGCCAUCUAUUACCAAGGUCACCAAAGUGAUUGAAGGGGAGCCAGAAUUUAAACUGGUCAGGGAAGGCGAAACAAUAACUAAAGUGAUUCAUGGAGAACCCAUAAUUAAAAAAUACACGAAAAUAAUUGAUGGUCAUCCUGUGGAAGUGACUGAAAAACAAGUGACCGAAGAAAGAAUUAUUCAAGGUCCUGAACUGAAAUAUACACAGAUCACCACAGGUGGUGGAGCGGAGGCUGAGGAAACUCUUAAGAAAUUGCUUGAAGAAGAGGUUACCAAGGUGACCAAAUUCAUUGAAGGUGAUGGUCAUUUGCUUGAAGACGAAGAAAUCAAAAGACUCCUCCAGGGAGCUGGAUCCGAGUUCACCAAGGUAACAAAAGUAAUUGAAAGAGAGCCACAGAUUAUCGAGACAGAAAUAAAGAAAAUUCAUCUGGAAGAAACACCAGUAAGAAAAAUACAGACAUCAAGAAGGACACAAGGAUCACCACGAAGAAGAACAAGGCUUGUCCGUCCUGGUGCCAAAAAACAGAAUCCACAGAAAGGUAACUGAAGAACUGAAGCGCUGAGGAAAAUAUUGAUUGAAGGACAAGUGACAAGGAAAAGAUUGCUUGACACGGGAAAACAUGUAUUAAAUCACAUGCUCUCAUUAACAAUUGGGCAUAGCACCCACUACCCUAUAAAAUAACAUGGGAGUACAUGUAACAGGAAGUACUUUCUGAAAAUAUGCCUAAUGAGGAGAGAUUAAUUCAGGAUGUAUCCAUUUUCUAUGAAUUAGAAUUAUAAAUUAUAUCUCAUCUGGGAAUAAAUGAAAACAAAUGAUGUCACCUAAGAAAUUUAAGCUAAGCACUUUUACAUGAGCAAAAGCAUUAAUAUCUGAAUAUUAAAUUUUAAUGACAUAUUUAAAUAUCACUGUGACACAGACAACAUUACCUUAAACAUUCAAAGCAUUCUCUAGAGAUUGACAUCAGACUUUUGUUUUCAUUACUGCUUAGAAACAUUUAUCAAUGAAUCUUGUGCAUUUGGUCUCUGUUUUCAAAGAAUUACCACUUCAAAAUGCUGGUUUUUCAGGAAUGUUGGUGGAUUUUUUUUACGGGUUACUUAAGAUUCUAAACUAGGCUUUGAUUCCCAUCUAGCAGUUGCAGAUAAUACACUGCUACACAUAAGGAGCACUUGAUCCUCACCAUGGUUCAUUGUUUAGAGAAGCAGUAUCUGUGAGGAGGGGGUGAGGUUGAUUGAAUUUCAAAUUCUACACAUGUUCAGCCAUGUGUAUGUGAAGAUGCUGAAUGUAGAUUCUUCUUUCCCAUACCUUAUCAGGGAGCAUUCCAGAAAAAUCACUCACACAUAUCAAAUCAGUUCAUGGAUUGCCUUUGAUUAGAUACUUACAACAAAAAGAUGCUUUAUUCCCUACUUGGCUGAUGAAACCCAAGUCUAAAUUACAUGCAUGUAUCAUCGAUUGUUAGGAGCACAGUGCACAAAUCACUAUUUUGCUUUACAAGCACAGAAAUAAUUGCCAGAUUCUUUUCUGACUGCUUGAUACAUUGUCAUUUU